UGACGUAUCCAUGUGUUAGACCUUUAGCCUCACAAAGAAAUUUUCUCCCAAAUUCCCAUCAAAAUUUUCUCGGUGAGAAGUAAAGGAAAAUGUCUGCUGUAGGCACUUCAAAGGGUGUUCUUGAAAUCGCCAAAUUCGGUCUUUAUGUGUCGAUCCCCAUCGUUCUUAUGUACACUUUCGCCAACAACACCAAGAAUCUCCAGAAAUUUAUGGGAAAUCAUUCGUACGUAGUGUAUCCUGCAGAGGGACCAAGACCUCCAUCACCAGAGGAGUUAAGGGAGAUGGCCCGGGAGCUAGCUAGGAAGAAAAGUAUUCGAUGAUGCUCUUUAGGGCUGUAAGUGAUCUAUGUAGCUUUUUCGGUUGUACCUAUUACUAUUCCAAUAAACCUGCAUUUGUGAUAUGCUACAAUGACUAUUGUGCAUUUGGAAAAGGAAACAAUAUGUCUGGUUUGUACAACAUUACUGAUCAAAAUUUUAUAGCUAAAUUUGUUGUUUUGCUUGCUCA